AUGCCUGAACAUGUGUUCUCUUUACCAGUAAAACGGGUUUUUGAUACUAAAGAGAUGCGACUUAGAGAGUCCACGAAACUACCACGGGAGCUCCAGUGGAAUAACAAUAAGAUAGAAGAAGCUAUCAUAAGGGUCAAAAUAAUUGGUUUAAAUUAUCAGACUGAUUUUGAAGCUUUUAAGCUAAGAGAGAAGCCAAUUAGAACAUCGGUGGUACCGGGUAGUAAGAUAGUUGGGAAAAUAAGUGCUUUUUCUAAUUACAAUGCCAGAUCCUCACAUGAUGAUAAUUCCAAAUAUCUUGUAUUCCCUUACACCAACUGCAUUAAUCAAGAUUUACCUCAAAAGUGUUCUAAUUGUGAAGAGAUACUAAGAGGGGAAUCUUCUCAUCUUUCCACUGCUACUUACAACACUCAUGCUCAAUUUGCGUGUCUAGCGAACCUUGUCUAUGGAUUAACCAUAGACGGUGGCCUCCAAGAUUGCAUGAAAAUAAAAAAUCCAUCAUCCAACUUGAUUCGAAUACCAGAAAACAUAAGUAUUCAUGAUUGUUGCUUUUUAUUUGACUUAAUGUUACCAUUUUAUUGCUUCGUUAAAGACCAUCUAUUCAUUCAAAAACCUAUAGACGAAUUAGAAGGAAAAAGCUUGAUAAUACUCAACGAUGUGACUAGAGAAAUUAAUGAUAUAUUACUUGCUGCUCAAGUUUUGAAAAUAGAUCAGAAAGCACUCUUUAUUUUAGAUAUAACCCAGAUAAAUGAAUUAUCUGAAGAAGAAAGAGCAACAUACAGCUCCAAAUUUAAUCAAGUAUUUGUCUUUAAUACGAGCAAACCGUCCAUUGAUUUUGCAAUUCAUAGCUCAAUUUCAACCGGUCUUGAAUCUACAAGGUCAAGAUAUUUGAUUGUUUUGUUUGAUCAGUAUAAGUACGAAUUUCAUCGAAGCGAGCUGGAUCUUGUAUUUAAUGAUAAAAUUGUUCUUCAUUUCAAGAUGUCUUUCAAGGAUAGGAUUCAUGCAGAAGAAAUUAUGAGGUUCUUUUCAGAUUUAAAUUGCUCAAGGGCACAAACUGAAGAUCCGGAACCUUUAUCUCAUAGGGACACCUCGAUCUCGAGUUUAGACGGUGCUCUCUCCGUGCUCUCUUCUUGCACUGCAAUACUGCAUUCGACUUCUGUGUCUAAUUCAAGUGCUGACAAAGAAGAGGAUGCACUUUAUGAGCGACCCAAGGUUUUAAGAUUUAAAGAUGACGUCUCCAUUUCAAAAGCUACAAGGAAGCUUCCUACUCACUGUUCUUGGUUAUGGUACGAGAAGGACUUCGAUUUAGGUAAUAUUGAAAAUUUCAAUGAGGAUAAUAGAACACUGCAUGGCUUGAAGGAUUUAAAUAGAUUAAUUAAUGAUCCCAAGAACGUUUCUAGAAUAUGCUACACAAACAGAGGAAAGAAAAAUUAUAAGAUUAAUGCUCUUUUGUUUAGUUGA